UUUUUAACCGUUGGUUUUGUUCAUAACGACACUUGCCUCUAUCUGCCGCGACUGUAGUACGGAAGGUGAGCAGAAAUAAGAAAGGCUACACUACAGCUCUCUGCUUGCAGCACGUCAGUCACGCUCGUUGGGAAAAAAAACACACAUGAAACUCAAUUUCCCAUGAUGCGUUUGGACAAACAUAACAGUCCGAGCCUUGUGCCAGAGCCAGAGUGUUUAAUAAUUCCCAGACUCUGAGGUUUGGUCUCAGUAGGUUUUGGAGUCAAGCUGAAAAAUGCAGCAUGUGAAAGCAGCGGUGGUCGGAGCAGGUGUGCUGGGUUUAUCCACGGCAGUGCGUAUCGCUGAGGCGCUUCCAUAUUGUUCUGUAACUGUUAUUGCUGAGAAGUUCUCGCCUAACACUACCAGUGAUGGAGCUGCUGGAAUCCUCCUACCGACUGAGUUUCCUGACAUCCCUAUUGAACGGCAACAGCGUUGGUUCAAGGAGUCAUUUGAUCAUCUUCUGGCCAUUGCAUAUUCCCCACAAGCCGCAGAUGCCGGCGUGUACUUGAGCUCCGGGUACCACAUUUUCAAGGAAGUACCCAGUGAGAAAAAGCCCUUCUGGGCAGAUUUGGUGUUUGGAUUUAGAUACAUGUCGGAUCAAGAAAUGAAGCUUUUCCCUAAUCAUAAGUUUGGACAAGCGUUCACCACAUUAAAGUGUGAAUGUCUCAGCUACUUGCCAUGGUUAGAAAAAAGGUUUAGAGCAGUUGGAGGUCAGAUCCUUCAUGAAAAGGUGACUGACCUUCAUAAACUGGCCCUGAAUUACGAUGCCAUUAUUAAUUGCUCAGGCGUUGGCUCACACUUUUUGGUGAAGGAUGAGGAGGUCUAUCCAGUUCGAGGACAAAUGUUGACGCUUGACGCUCCUUGGCUGAAGAACUUCGUACGAGAUGGAGAUGGCAAGACCUACAUCUACCCUGGCAUCAGGUACGUCAACAUUGGAGGCACACGGCAGAGGGGCGACUGGCGGAUGGAGGUGGAUAAAGAGGACAGCGAGGGGAUCCUGGAGCGCUGCAUCCGGCUGGAACCGUCCCUACGAGUGGCUCAGGUGAUGGGUGAGUGGGUGGGACUGCGGCCGGGCAGGGCGAACCCGCGGGUGGAGCGGGAAUAUCUGCAUGUACAAGGCCGUCAGGUGCCUCUGGUGCAUAACUACGGUCAUGACGGCUGUGGUGUUACUCUGAGCUGGGGGUCGGCACUGGAUGCGCUCAAUCUGCUGAAAGAGUCUGUUUGAUAAACCACCUCAAGCCAGAAUGUAAAUCUGCUGUGUCAUGCACUUAUUGACUCAUGAUACUGAUAUCUUUGCAUUUGUGCAUGAGAAAUAGCACUUUAAUCUUGAUAGAUAAAACAUAAUUUUGCAUCUAAAAUAUAUUUAAAAAAAAUUAUUAAUAAUUUCUGUCUCACUCAUUUUAUUUGUUAAUUUCUCCAUCAUCAGUUUGUAGGCUGUUUUCAAUACAUGUUGGUAAAAUGUAUUUAAUCUUGAAGAUAAAAUGUGUAAAAAAACAAAUGUUUGAAAAG